AGCUCAGCGCUCUGGGUAUCAGUUGGUUAGCAGCUUUGAUCAAAUCGAGACGCGAUAAAUUUGCCGCGGCACGACGAUACCGCUAAAAAGAACCACUUCCGGUCGAUAGCUAGCCAGGCUGAGAGUGAGAAGAAGAGUGUCUCCUGGGCAGCACGGGGUGCGCCGUGAAUGGGGUUAAGUGUUUUCAAAACAGAGCAUAAAUUGUGAGCAUUUUCGUUGUGUGUUGGGUGGACAACAAACGGGCUAAAAUUAAGUUUAUCGAUUCGCGGUGAGCGCGAGAAUUCUAUUGUUGUGAAUCUGGAGAAAACAUAAAUAGUGCAGUCUUACGGCGGAGGGUAUGAAUUCGUCCUGUCCAGGGUGUGUAUUGGCGAGAAGCGAGCAGUUGUGAAUUGAGGAAAGGUAAUGCUAUGCCACAACAUUCAAUGCAGCGAAAAGAGCACUGUGGAUAGAAGUGAGGAAAAUCGUUCUGGGAAAAGUUGUAUUAACUUACCUUCUGGUUGUUGGUGUGUAUGUGGGAGUGUGCGAGGCAGUGUUUUCCAUAGUUAGAGCAUAUUCUCUAGUGAGAGGGUGUGAGUAUAGUGUUGUUUGUGCGACAGGACCUGUCUGCCUGGCCGAAUCUAGCAGGAGGUGUGUCUGUGUACAAGAUCUCGAUGUCUCAAUUCAACCAGAACCCAGUGAGCCUAUCUAGGCGUCUGUCGACUGGACACGACAACUGAAUUGCUACUCUUAGCAACAAUUUCCUCCGGUGAUCGUUGUCAUUGGCCUUCCAGCGAGGCCAAUCACAUUACACAGGCGCGACGGUUCCGAUCGGCAAUCUCGUAGGAAGAAUGAUUAGAUCCUACAAAUUGUACCUGACACUGCUCAUCAGUUCCGUGUUCAUAAUACUGUGCCAGAACCAAAUAUCCAUAGCGAACUUUGUGAGCACAUCGGCGUCAUCGAUAAGCACCGGCUAUGGACAGCUUGGGGCGGGUGGUCAGCCACCGGCCGAAGCACAGGCGCUGGUUGAUCUAGCCAAUGAACAGAUCCUGCCACAGAAUGUGGACAAAAUUCGUUCCCGAAGUCUCACUUUCAACGAGGUCCGACCAGGCGUUGGCACCAAGUCCACUGAUCGGACCACAACAACCCAGAGUGCCGGAGGCAGCAGUAGCACUGCAAGUACAAGCACAACCAGCAGUACCACUACGACCACCAGCACCACAGCAUCACCGGCAGCCAGUUCCAAUUCGGCACAUUAUCAGCACUCGGCCAGUAGCAGUGAUAUUCCGUUCAAAUUCCCGGUGGACCCCAAGCUAUUGCCCCCGUUGUACAUCAUUACGCCCACAUAUCGUCGCCCGGAGCAGCUGGCGGAAAUCACCCGACUCGGGUACACCCUCAAACACGUGCAGAACCUGUUCUGGUUGAUUGUGGAGGACGCCGAGAACCGGACCGAAACCGUGACAAGACUGCUGAAGCAAAUCAAUGUGCCAUUCAUACAUCUAACAGCUCCAAUGCCAGCCAAAUACCGCAAGCAGAAGGUGAAGCCACGUGGCGUCUCCAACCGUAACCGGGGCCUCAAGUGGAUUCGCGCCAAUGCCACGGAAGGUGUGCUAUACUUCGCCGACGAUGAUAAUACCUAUAAUCUGGAUAUUUUCGAGCAGAUGCGACGCAUCAGGAAGGUUGGCAUGUGGCCCGUAGGUCUCAUCUCAAAGUUCGGGGUGAGCAGCCCAAUCGUGGUCAAUGGAACGAUCAGUGGUUUCUACGAUGGCUGGAUUGGCGGAAGGAAGUACCCCAUCGAUAUGGCCGGAUUCGCGGUCAGUGUCAAAUUUCUGCUCUCCCGGCCCAAGGCGGAGAUGCCGUUCCGGGCAGGCUACGAAGAGGAUGGCUUCCUGCGGAGCCUCGACCCACUGGAACUGAGAGAGAUCGAUCUGCUGGCAUCCAACUGUACUGAGAUUCUAACGUGGCACACGCAAUCCAAGAAGAAUCCGCCAGCGCAACCAUUGAACCUGACCAAAUACGGUUCCACGAAUCUAGCGAAACUGACCCGAACGUUGGUCUAGAAUGUGCGAAGAACACAACCGCUGAACGCGGAAAUGAGGUGGGAACUAGCGGAAUUGCCCUAAAUGAAUGCCAUAGCGAAGAGAAAAUAGGAAUUAAAACCGGGUGAAGUUUAAACGAUGGAUACUUUAUACUAGGUGCUAUUUUUCAAUUUUAAACGAGAUAUAAUCAGUGCAUUUUUAUCUAUGAUUGAUAUCUUAAAACAAUGAUAACCAAAGUAAAUUAAGAUAUCGGUUUAUUUGAAAACAACCGUACACAAAUUAAGGGGUACUUAAGGAAAACGGCAAUCGCCAAUUGUGUAAAUCCAGAUUGGUUUCAGAUGACAAAGAAUCCCCUCUACAAACGGAUGUAAAAAGGGCAAAUUGCUCUGAAUAAUAAGCAAAACUAGAUAGGAAAGAUACCAGAAAUUUUAAGGGAGUAUUUGAUUUGAAUUUUCCUCUUCUUCCAGGGUAAGUAUUUUAGGGUGUGUGGGAGACUAAAUCACCAGUGAGAAAUCGCUGAUGAUUCCACUUUUUGUGUAAAUAUGUCCUAAGCUCCUUGCAAAUCAUUUUAUAGAUAUGAUAUUCCAUUAACAAACGUUUGCCAGCAGGACGGGCUGCGAUAUUCAGACAAGAUAUUCUUAGAUAGUGUUAGCUACUGAAAUUUCGAACGUAGGGAUAUGACUUUGUAAAUAAAUUAGAACGAACAAAAAACUUCUUUCAUAUCUAUACAAAUAUGGGUUUUCAACGUAGUGUAGUUAUACCAAAAAAAUAAAGCAAAAAUCGUUUAACGUAUGGGACAAACUCCCUUUAAAGACAGAAUUGAAUAUCAUUAAAUUGUCAAACUAAGUGCGACAUUUAGGUAAAAUUUCUGCGAGAAGCGCAAUCUCCUAGGAAUUCUCAUAUUUCUAAUAUAGUGAUCUGACACUUCGGUCGAAGUUCGAGCUAUUAAUCAGAAAAAGGGAGAGAGUGACACGUAAAAAACGAGCUUUCUCAGUGAACACCAGUGGUAUUUUCAUUCGCCAUCGGCUCCAGAUAUUGGUUAAAAAUUCAAUAUGCUAGUAUUCGGCCACAAAUCGUUCUUUUAUUUCUGUUCGCGAGAGGCACCCUUUAUCCUUUUCGAUUUAUCCUGAUUGAAUUCAUAUUCCUGAACUCUCUUUCAAUUGUGAUCCAACACUGACAAGAUUGUAAGACAUAAGCUAUCAAUAAAAUGUAUUGUGAAA